AUGGCAAACUCGUUGAUGUCUGCCAUAUUGAAGGAUGCCCCAAAGUGUUUGAUGGCCUUAAAAGUUUGGUUUAUGUUGGUGGAGGAAAUGGAACCUCUUUUGAGUAUGUUGGUUAAGGCUUUCCCUUGGAUUCACAGAGUCAACUUUGAUCUUCCUCAUGUUGUUGCCAUCGCACCGAAAGUCGAUGGCAUUGAACAUGUCGAAAGCAACAUGUUCAAGUAUGAGAACUUUGGUUCCUUCAAUUCAGCAUCACAAUACACAAAUCUCUCUGUAUAUAUGUGUAUGUUUUUGAAUUGCAUAAUCGUUCAAACUGUGGUCAAAGAAGAUAAAGAUGAGAAGCUAGUUUGUGAGGUUGAUGUUGGACAUGGUGAUGAUGCACAUACUAGCAAAGGCAAAGAAAGGACAUUAAAGCAAUGGGAGUAUGUUCUGGGUGAGGCAGGAUUCACCAGAUUCAGUGUAAAACGCAUAUGUGCAGUGCAAUCCGUCAUCGAAGCUUAUGUUUAA